AUGGAUCAAAAGGCAAUAGUGAGGGAGAUUGACUACCUGUUUUUCUUCAGUCUCCUUCUCCUUCUAGCAACUCUCUCUUAUCUUUAUUAUUACAAGCACAAACUGUCUAAAAAUCCACCACUCCCACCAGGUCCAUUUGCAUGGCCUAUUGUUGGAAACAUUUUCCAAAUGGGAAGGGAUCUCCAUUCCAUACUUGCCAACUUAGCUAGAACCCAUGGUCCACUCAUGUCUCUACGGCUUGGCACCCAACUUAACAUCAUUGCAUCAUCACCAGCCGCAGCAAGCGAAAUUCUUAAGACCCAUGACCGAAUAUUGUCAGGCCGCUAUGUUACACAUGCCUCUCCAAUCAUAAACCCAAAACUCAACUUCUCAAUUGGAGGUGCCCCUGAGUGCAACGAUCAUUGGAGGUCCUUAAGGACUAUCUGUAAAGCUGACCUUUUUUCAGCCAAAGUAUUGGAAUCUCAAAAACACAUAAGAGAGAAGAAGGUGAGGGAGUUGGUGAGUUUUCUGGGUUCUAAGGAAGGUAAAGGAAUGGGCAAAGAGUUAAGGAAAUUUAUAGAUGAAAUGGCAGAGUUGAUGAUUACUCCUGAUUUAUCAAAUUUGUAUCCUAUAUUGGGUGCAUUGGAUUUUCAAGGUAUACAAAAGAAACGUGAUAAAUUAAUUGAAAAUUUUAUUGCCAUUUGGGAGGAUAUUAUAAAAAAAAGACAAAAGCAAGAGAGUGCUAUUUUAGUUCAUGGAGAUGUUUUGGAUACUUUGAUUAAAGAUGGGCACACAAAUGAUCAGAUCAAUCAAUUGAUUAUGGAGCUACUUAUGGCUGGUACGGUCUCAACUAGCAUUGUAAUUGAAUGGGCAAUGGCAGAACUGAUGAAAAAUCAAAAUGCCAUGGAUAAACUCCAUGAUGAACUUGAACGUGGAAUUGGUACAGACAUCGUGAAAGAAUCUCAUUUAGCCCAUCUUCCUUACCUAGAAGCUUGUGUCAAAGAGACGCUUAGAUUGCACCCUCCAGGACCACUACUCCUUCCUCACCGUGCCUUGCAAACAUGCCAAGUGAUGGGCUAUACAGUGCCUAAAAACUCUCAAGUUUUGGUUAACGUAUGGGCAAUUGGUCGAGAUCCUAUGAUUUGGAAUGAUCCAUUGAGCUUCAAACCUGAGCGGUUUCUUGACUCAUGCUUGGAUAUUAAGGGAAAUAAUUUUGACUAUAUGCCUUUUGGAGCAGGAAGGAAAAUUUGCCCCGGACAACCUUUGGCUAUUAAGCAAGUUCCAUUUAUUUUGGCAUUACUGCUUCACUCAUUUGAUUGGUUUCUUCCAGGCAAUAUGAAUUCAACUGAGCUAGACAUGAAUGAUCAUUUCUCCCUAACAUUGCGGAAGAAGCAACCCCUACAACUUAUUCCUAAAGGAAGAAAAUAG